GCGGCGGUGGUCUGCCAUAUUGUCUCUGAUACAGCAGAAAUCACACACCGGUGACGGAGGGAGGCGAGGACCGUUGGCUUGACGAAACUCAGCUGACGGGGGAAGCGUUUCCGUCGUGGACUCAUUCAAGGGGCUAUCCAACUGAGCCCCUGGUGGCCUCUCCCCCCGUCAUCAGGCAAAGCCCUCCCCCCCCCUCCCUCCCCCACUCUCCUUGAACCCCUUGCUCUGUUGGGAUCAACCCUCCUCAGCCCUUCCCUUCCCUCUUCUCACUCCCUAACCACCCUGCCGGUCCUCCCAGUACUCCAACCGUGCGCCUCCGUUGCAGUGAGAUCUGCCAACCGUCUCUGCCAAGCUGUCGGACAUGUCAGGACCCGUGCCGAGCCGGGCCCGAGUGUACACAGAGGUCAACACUCACCGGCCCAGGGAGUACUGGGACUAUGAGUCCCACGUGGUGGAGUGGGGAAAUCAGGAUGAUUUUCAGUUGGUGCGUAAACUUGGGCGUGGCAAGUACAGCGAAGUCUUUGAGGCGAUCAACAUCACCAACAAUGAGAAGGUGGUGGUGAAGAUUCUCAAGCCCGUGAAGAAAAAGAAAAUUAAGCGUGAGAUCAAGAUUUUAGAGAACCUGCGUGGAGGCCCUAACAUAAUCUCCCUCAUCGAUAUCGUGAAAGACCCUGUGUCCCGGACACCCGCCUUGGUCUUUGAGCAUGUCAACAACACCGACUUCAAGCAACUGUACCAGACCCUGACAGACUACGACAUCCGCUUCUACAUGUAUGAGAUCCUCAAGGCGCUGGACUACUGCCACAGCAUGGGGAUAAUGCAUCGAGAUGUGAAGCCACACAACGUGAUGAUUGAUCACGAGCACCGCAAGCUGCGUCUCAUUGACUGGGGUCUGGCCGAGUUCUACCACCCGGGGCAGGAGUACAACGUCCGAGUCGCCUCCCGCUACUUCAAAGGACCCGAGCUGCUGGUGGACUAUCAGAUGUACGAUUACAGCCUGGACAUGUGGAGCUUGGGCUGCAUGUUGGCCAGCAUGAUCUUCAGGAAGGAGCCCUUCUUCCACGGCCAUGACAACUAUGACCAGUUGGUGAGAAUAGCGAAGGUCCUGGGGACUGAAGACCUGUAUGACUACAUCGACAAGUACAACAUUGAGCUGGAGCCGCGCUUCAAUGACAUUCUGGGAAGGCAUUCCCGUAAGCGCUGGGAGCGGUUCGUCCACAGCGAGAACCAGCACCUGGUGAGCCCCGAGGCGUUGGACUUCCUGGACAAGCUGCUGCGCUACGACCACCAGGCGCGGCUCACCGCCCGCGAGGCCAUGGAUCACCCGUACUUCUUCCCCAUCGUGAAGGACCAGUCUCGCGUGGGCGGAGCCACUCUGCCCGGUGGGAACGCCGCCGCCGUCAGCUCAGCCGGCAUGAUCACUGGUAUCUCUGCCUUGCGGGGGUCCACAGCCCUGGGCUAACUGAAGGGCUCUCCGGUCCUCUCUGCUGCCACCAACGUCCUGAGCACCCCAGUGCCCGCCGGUGGCCCCCAGUGACGCCCCCCCCCCCCACAACCCAACCGCCCACCCUGUCCUGCCUCGGGGCGGCUUUUAAAGGGGGCGUGGCUCUGCCCGCCCUCACUACUUUGUCCCCACCGACCUCCCGGCUGAAGGACGCCGACGUCUUAAAUAAUUUAUCCCGCCGCUCCUUUUCUUCCUCGAACUCGUUAACCUGACAUCUGAAAUGAAUGUUCUGUGUAGUUUGGAAUAUACAGGUACUCCUUUCAUCAUUUCCCACGGGCCGUAGUGACUACAAAAGUGUGUGUGAGAGAGAGAGAGCGAGCUAUGGUUCUUCUUUCUACUAGUUUGUUUGUGAAGGCAGUGGUCAACAAGUCCGUCAGCAGCAAGUCGUUGGACCGAAGCGGGCUCCUCCUGUAAGGUUUGCUACUGCAGCGUUGUCAAAAGCCACCCGAUGACACUUAAUCAGUCUGCUCACAAGUCGACAGCCUCCCGAUGCGUUUGGUGCUCCAGGUGUGUGGACACGAUGACGCUGGAACACUUUCUCUGCCUGGGUAGGUGCGUCUAGCCUUUUUUUUCUAACCAAACCAGAUCACCAGUCUUCUUUUUGAUACGCGACUCCGUCAUGAGCUUUUGUCAAGUGUCCCGGGCUGUCGGACAACUCCAGUGUUGUACUCCUGGCUCUUCAAGGAGCCAGCUGAGGUUCAUUCAGGUUCUCAAAGAAAUGGUUUCUCAAAAUGUGCUGCUGCUCCACUUCCUUGAAUUACUUCAAGUGGCUUUUCUUGAAUGACUUCAAGACACAACCAAAGUUUACUCAGUCGGUUGGAAGACGAGGCUGACCUAACCUAGUUUUGUUUUGUGGGAGUGACCGUACUGUAACGCAGGCUGCUCGCGUGUGUUGUGGCGUCGACUACGGGACGCGGAUGAAGACCUGCGGUGAGUCCUCGGGCUCUCUGUCCCUCUGAGGACACCGGGCGUCCCCAGAGGUCAGGUGUUGAAUAGCACUUGAAAAGUUUAAGUGUACGUUUUAGUCCCUGCUCUGUCAUGCGCAACUUUUUUUUUUUCAAUCUUGCAAAAUGCAAAUGAAUCCAAACAUGGAUACGUUGACCCGAGAACGGAGCAGUUGCAGUCCCUACAUCACUGUAUAUAUUUUUAUGUCCUUAUGUAGAAGACUAGUAUUUGAGAAAUAUUUGUGUAAAUAAACGUGUUUUAUUUAUCAA